GGCGCUGAGACAGCUUGUUCCUAUGUGUGUGUGAUGCCGAGUUCCGUCAUGAAGAAAAAGGUUCUGUUGAUGGGAAAGAGUGGGUCUGGAAAGACCAGCAUGAGAUCCAUCAUCUUCGCAAACUAUAUUGCUCGUGAUACUCGACGGCUGGGGGCAACAAUUGAUGUUGAGCACUCUCAUGUGCGUUUCUUGGGCAACUUGGUACUGAACCUGUGGGACUGCGGUGGGCAGGACACCUUUAUGGAAAACUACUUCACCAGCCAAAGAGAUAACAUCUUCCGCAACGUGGAGGUCCUCAUCUACGUGUUUGACGUGGAGAGCAGAGAGCUGGAGAAGGACAUGCAUUACUAUCAGUCCUGCCUAGAAGCCAUCCUGCAGAACUCUCCUGAUGCCAAAGUCUUCUGCCUGGUGCACAAGAUGGACUUGGUGCAGGAGGACCAGCGGGACCUUAUAUUUAAAGAGCGGGAGGAGGAUCUCAGACGCCUGUCCCGGCCUUUAGACUGUGCCUGCUUUAGGACUUCUAUCUGGGAUGAAACUCUGUACAAGGCAUGGUCCAGUAUAGUCUAUCAGCUCAUUCCCAAUGUUCAGCAGCUGGAGUCCAACCUGCGGAAUUUCGCUCAGAUCAUUGAGGCUGAUGAGGUGCUGCUGUUUGAGAGGGCUACGUUUCUGGUCAUUUCCCAUUACCAGUGUAAAGAACAACGGGACAUCCACAGAUUUGAAAAGAUCAGCAAUAUAAUUAAGCAGUUCAAGCUCAGCUGCAGCAAACUGGCCGCCUCCUUCCAGAGUAUGGAGGUGCGAAAUUCCAACUUCGCUGCCUUCAUUGACAUAUUUACCUCGAACACCUACGUGAUGGUCGUGAUGUCGGACCCCUCAAUCCCCUCUGCUGCAACUCUAAUCAAUAUCCGCAAUGCCAGGAAGCACUUUGAAAAGCUGGAGCGUGUGGAUGGCCCCAAACACAGCCUGCUCAUGCGCUGAGCCUCCCUUGUGGACACUAUUCUGUGGUCAGACUUCUGUAGAAGCUGACCGCAGUUUCUCCACCAACCUUCCUCUGAGCAUUCUCGUGGAGUCGACCUCUUCGUUAAAUAAAGGCUUCUUCAUGAGCCGACGUUCUCCUUGGGAUCACUACUCACUACUCGCUGCAGUCAACAUACUGUUACACAGUUCAUCUGCCGAGGCUCAACCUUCUCACUGACAGACUCACCAGCUUCCAUGUCUCAUCCAUUGCAUUAUUUCUGCUUCUCUGCCCUGAGCCUCACCCCACUGACUGCACUGCCUCAUUGCUAGUGCACAUACAAAUACAGGAUAUGUUCUCUCAGUUUCAGUUCCCCUUUAGUUUUCGUUUCUCCCUUAAGUGCAGUGGACAGUCGGCUCAGGGCGAACUGAAUCUUGCUGUGGUUUCUAGUGUUAGGAUAACAUCUUUCUAUCAAUGAGUACAAGGCUAUACAUUCAGUGUAUUUUAAGCUUUGGAAUAAAAUAUUUAUACCUCGUGA